AUGAAUAUAAAUGACAAUGGAAAACCAUCAAUUCAAUCACCUGAUAAUUAUAUAAUAAAAUCUAAUCAAUCACGACGUUAUUGUCGAAAUUAUGUUCGUUUUCGAAAAAGUUCAUCACGUUCACGUUCAUACAAUAGUUGGAAAAUUUUCCAUAUACGUUCAUCAAUUGAUUAUCGAAAAAAAUUAAUCUUACUUAUUUUACAAAUAAUUGCUUUAUUUCAUCUAUGUUCUAUUAUAUAUUGUCAUCAGAGACAACUGUCAUUGACUGUGAAAUAUACAAUAAUAACAGUUGUUCUUUUCAAUAUUUUAACAUAUCGUUGUGUUCAAUAUGAUACACAACAAGCAGAACAUGGAGAAUUAUUAUUAGGUGAAAGUUCACUUCUAUUUUUACUUUGGUAUGGAGGAAUUAUUGGCGGAGGACUUGCAUUACUGAUUGAAAAACAUAAACAUCUUCGAAAGGAAAGUCCUUACAUACUUCUUCGUUUGAUGGAUCUUAAACUACAUGAGUGGAAACCUGAUAUGCUAAGUAAAAUAGAAAAAACACUCGAUUCUGAAUUGAAAUAUACUGAUGAGAAAAAAGGUAUUGCAUGUAAAUCAAUUUCUUUUGAACAAGACGAAAAAUAUCCACAACAAGAUGGUCGUUUUCUUAAUUUGAAUAUUCGAGGUAUAUGCACAGAUGAUGACGAUAAACCACAUACUAUCGAUAAAGAUUUAAUAACUAAAGCUAUAAUACGACGAAAAGAUGAAGUUAAUGCAGUGAUUGGUGCAAUUGUUUUUCGUAUUGGUAAUGUAAAAUUAUAUGAACGCAAUAGAAAUAAACUUAAUUUAAUUAUUAUACCGGUAUCAAUUGGAUUUGUUACAUUCUUAUUUGUUCUUACAUUUUUCUUACGUCGAAUGAGAGCGAAACAAAAACGUGAUCAUAUUAUAUUAGAAUUACAGAAAAAAAAAGAAGCUAGUGCCAAGAAAGCCCAAGUAAUAGCUAAUAUUGAUCCACAUGCAAAUGAUAAACAACGUUUAUUACAACUUGAUCCAACUGUUGUUGGUAACGUAUCAGAUACAAUGGGUAGUCCAAAAGAAUUUACUAUGGAACAAUAUUCACCUUCAAUUCGUGGUAAUGCAUUGAAUACUAGUGAUAAUCGUUUUUAUAAUCGUGAUUAUCAAGGAAAAACAUCACCGUCGGUAAUGCCUUCAAAAGAAAAUCGUACAUCAUAUUUUAAUCGUGAUGAUGAAACAUCAUUUCCAACACAACGAACAUUAAAAUCUAGUCGUGAACGUAUGCAUGUACCAUAUGAAAAUGAAACACAUUUUUCACCAGUUCAUUCUCAAUAUCAAUAUGAAUCACAACAUCCAGAUAUGGUUUCUAUGCAUGAACAACAUCCACGUGUUGUUGUUCGAUCAAUACGAGAUGAUGGAAGCAAUCCAAUAUAUCAUCAACAACCAUAUGACGAAUCAUCACAAAAUUUUGUAUCUAUACCAGUACAAAUUGAACAUAGUGCUCCUUAUCAACGAUUUGUUGCACCUCCUUAUCAUUCUGAUCCUUAUUAUCCACAUACUAAUUCAUAA